CACUCCAACGCCACCGUCUUCUUUCUUCUAGGCCUGCUCAAUGUUGAGGGUGCGCUAGUUCUUCCUGGGCUCUAUUUCAAUAUUGCCAGAAGAAGAAAAUCAAAUCAUGGCUUCACCCUCUACUUCAACCCAUGAAGGGAUUUAUGAUGUUUUCUUAAGUUUUAGGGGAGAAGACACCCGCUACCACUUCACUGAUCACCUCUACUCCGCACUGAGAGAUAAUGGCGUCCACACCUUUAGAGAUGACGAAGAGCUUGAGAGAGGAGAUGUGAUUGCUCCAGGACUCCUUAAAGCUAUUGAGCAAUCAAGGAUUUCUAUUGUUGUUUUCUCAGAAAACUAUGCCCAAUCUAGAUGGUGUUUGGACGAACUGGUCAAAAUCAUCGAGUGUAUGACAGAAAGGAAACAAAUAGUUCUGCCAGUUUUCUACCAUGUCGAUCCUUCCCAUGUGCGGAAGCAAAUGGGGAGUUAUGGAGAGGCAUUUGCAUAUCAUGAAAAGGAUGCUGAUCUGAAGAAAAGGGAGAAGAUACAGAAGUGGAGGACUGCCUUGACAGAAACAAGCAAUCUAUCUGGCUGGCAUCUACGUGAUAAUCAGUCUGAGUCCAAUGUUAUUAAAGAAAUUACUGAUAAGAUCAUUACAAGAUUGAAUCCUAGGAGUUUGUAUGUUGGCAAAAACAUAGUUGGAAUGAAUAUUCGUUUGGAAAAACUAGUAUCUUUGAUAAACAUUGAUUCGAAUGAUGUUUGCUUUGUUGGGAUUUGUGGACUUGGUGGAAUCGGUAAGACUACCAUCGCCAAAGCUCUCUAUAAUAAGAUCUCAAAUCAAUUUCAGGGUGCUUCAUUUCUUGCAAAUGUUAGGGAGAACUCCGAAAAGCAUUCUGAUAUACUUCAGUUACAACGACAACUCCUUGAUGACAUCGACAAGGGAAAAAAUCGGAAAAUAAGUAAUGUUCACGAAGGAAUGGAUGCGAUAAAGAAAGUGCUCUCCUUAAGAAGAGUUCUUGUUGUUCUCGAUGAUGUAGAUAAUUUUGAACAAUUAAAUCACUUUGCGGGGGAGCAUGAUUGGUUUGGCCCAGGAAGUAGAAUCCUCAUAACAACUAGAAAUAAGCAUCUACUGCAUGUGGAUAAAUAUCAUGAGAUUGAAGAACUGAAUUCUGAAGAAGCUCUUCAACUCUUCAGCCUGUAUGCCUUUAAACCAACUUGUCACCAAGAAGAUUAUGAAGAUCUCCCGGACCGUAUAGUAAAGUAUGCUAAAGGCCUCCCAUUAGCUCUUCGAGUUUUGGGUUCUCACUUAUGUGAGAGGACACCAAGUGCAUGGGAAAGUGAAUUACAUAAGUUGGAAAGAGAACCAAUCCAAGAAAUUCAGAAUGUGCUGAAAAUAAGUUAUGAUGGAUUAGAUCGUACACAAGGAGAGAUAUUCCUAGAUAUUGCAUGCUUCUUUAAAGGGCAAGACAAAGAUUUUGUUUCAAGAAUAUUAGAUGGUUGUGAUUUCUAUGCAGAGAGCGGAUUCAGCGUUCUAUGUGAUAGGUGUCUUAUAACCAUUUUGGACGAUAAGAUAUAUAUGCAUGAUUUGAUACAACAAAUGGGUUGGCAUAUUGUUCGUGAACAAAAUCCUGAAAAGCCUGGAAAAUGGAGUAGAUUGUGGGAGUGUGAGGAUGUCUUUCGUGUAUUAACAAGAAAUGAGGGGACAGAAGCAAUCAAAGGGAUAUUUCUAGAUAUGUCAACAUCAAAACAGUUGCAAUUUACUACCGAAGCUUUCAAAAUGAUGAAUGAUCUUAGAUUACUCAAAGUCCAUCAAGAUGCUAACUAUGAUUCUGCUGUAAAAUAUUGGACACUUGCGGGACUAUUUGAAAUGCACCUUUCUCAAGUACACUUUUGUAGGGACUUUGAGUUUCCUUCUCAGGAGUUGAGAUAUCUCCAUUGGGAUGGAUACCCUUUGGAAUCUUUACCAUCAAAUUUUUAUGCAGAGAACCUGGUAGAACUCAACUUGCGGUGUAGCAACAUAAAGCAACUUUGGGAAACAGAGCUUUUUAAAAAGUUAAAGGUCAUCAAUCUUAGUCAUUCUAAGCAUCUCAAGAAGAUUCCAAACCCCUCAAGUGUACCAAAUUUGGAGAUACUAACUCUUGAAGGGUGCAUAAACCUUGAGAGUCUUCCAAGGAGUAUUUAUAAAUUGAGACGCCUUAAAACUCUCUGUUGUGGUGGCUGUAAAAAUCUAAGAAGCUUUCCGGAAAUCAUGGGUCAUAUGGAAAAACUAAGAAAGCUUGACUUAGAUAAUACAGCUAUAGUAAAGUUACCAUCAUCAAUUGAACACCUGAAAGGACUUGAGUACUUGGAUUUAUCAAAUUGUAAAGACCUCAUAACCGUCCCUCAAAGCAUUUGUAAUUUGACGUCUCUUAAAUUUCUCAAUUUUGACUUCUGUUCAAAACUUGAAAAGCUGCCAGAGGAUUUGAAGAGCUUGAAAUGUUUACAGAAGCUUUAUUUACAAGAUCUCAAUUGUCAACUGCCUUCUGUGUCAGGUUUAUGCUCCUUGAAAGUAUUAAAUUUGAGCGAAAGCAAUGUAAUUGACAAAGGGAUCCUCAUUAAUAUUUGUCACCUAUCAUCAUUGGAAGAACUGUACCUAAAUAAUUGCAAUCUAAUGGAUGGAGAAAUCCCCAGUGAAGUUUGUCAACUAUCAUCAUUGAAAGAAUUAGAUCUGAGCUGGAAUCAUUUUAGUACCAUACCUGCUAGCAUCAGUCAACUUUCUAAGCUGAAAGCCCUUGGGUUGAGUCACUGCAGGAACCUUCUACAAAUUCCAGAGCUUCCAUCAACUCUACAAUUUUUAGAUGCACACAAUUCACAUUUUACUUUAUCAAGUCCAUCGUCAUUUUUACCAUCAUCAUUUUCAGAGUUUCAGGAUUUUGUAUGUGGUAGUUCAUUUCAAUUAUGUGUAUGUUAUUCUUACUCCUAUUUUGAAGAGGGAGUCAGUAUUUUUUUUCCUGGAAUUAGUGGAAUUCCAGAGUGGAUAAUGGGUGAGAAUAUGGGAAAUCAUGUAACUAUAGAUCUUCCUCAGGAUUGGUUUGAGGACAAGGACUUGUUGGGAUUUGCUUUAUGCUCGGCUUAUGUUCCUCUUGAUGACGAAUCUAAGGAUGAUUUUGAACAUGGAUUUGAGGAUAAAUCAGAGAUUCAAUCUGAAAAUGAAUCAGAUCAUGAUGAAUGGGCUCAUAAAUCUGAGGAUGAAUCUGAGAAUGGAUCUGCCUAUAAAUUUGAUAAGAAAUCUAAGUAUGAAUAUAGUCCUUGUAGUUUAGAAUGUGAUUUGACUUUCCAUGGUGAUCAAUCUAAAUUCUCGAUUUAUCCGUCCUUAUCAUCCUGGUGUGAAUGCUGUGAAAAUGAUGGUGCAUCAGGUCAAACGUGGGUGUCGUAUUAUCCAAAGUUUGCCAUUGAGAAAAAGUAUCACUCCAAUACAUGGGGGCGCUUGAAGGCUUCAUUUCAUGGUUACUUCAAUGGUAUGCCGGUGAAAGUGGAGAAGUGUGGGAUGCAGCUCAUAUAUGCCAAAAAUGAUGAGUAUAACUGUCCUACACUGACAACAAUGCCAGACACUUGGAAUAUGGAAUGUUUGCAGAAGCUUUAUUUAGAUGGUACUGCUAUUAAGGAAAUACCAUCCUCAAUAGACAGUCUCUCCAUACUUGUUGAGUUUUAUACACGAAACUGCAAAAACCUUGAAAGUCUUCCAAGGAGCAUUUGUAGGUUGAAAUACCUUCAAGUUCUUUGUUGCACUAACUGUUCAAAGCUAGGAAGUUUUCCAGAAGUCAUGGAGAAUAUGAACAAUUUACGAGAGCUUCAUUUACAUGGAACAGCUAUACAAGAUCUACCAUCAUCAAUUGAAAAUUUGAAGGGGCUCGAAUUUUUGGAUUUAGCAUCUUGCAAAAAGCUUGUGACCCUUCCUACCCACAUUUGUAAUUUGAAAUCUCUCAAAACUCUUCAUGUUUAUGGUUGUUCAAAACUCAACAAAUUGCCAAAGAGCCUAGGAAGCCUGCAAUGUUUGGAGCACCUUGAUGCUGGAUGCUUAGGUUCAAUUGCUCCUCCACUGCCUUCUUUGUCAGGUCUAUGCUCCUUAAGAAUAUUACAUCUGAAUGGGUUAAAUCUAAUGCAAUGGUCAAUCCAGGAUGACAUUUGCCGGUUGUACUCACUGCAGGUAUUAGAUCUCACUAACUGCAAUCUAAUUGAUGACGGAAUCACAGAUGAAAUUUUUCACCUAUCAUCACUGCAAGUAUUAUUACUAAGCAGAAACCACAUUAGCAAGAUACCUGCUGGAAUUAGUCAACUUUCAAAGCUGCAAGUGCUUGGAGUUAGUCACUGCAAGAUGGCUGUCGAAAUUCCAGAACUUCCAUCGAGUCUACGGUCCAUAGAUGUACAUGCUUGUACGGGCCUGAUAACAUUAUCAAAUCCAUCAAGUCUAUUUUGGGCUUCUCUCUUCAAAUGCUUCAAAUCAGCUAUUCAGGAUUUGGAAUGUGGAAAUCAUUGCUAUGAUCCAUCUCCAGAAGCGUGGCCAGAUUUUUGUUAUUUUGGUCAGGGAAUUAGUAUUCUUAUUCCAAGAAGUAGUGGAAUUCCAGAAUGGAUACGACAUCAGAAAAAUGGAUCCAGAGUAACAAUAGAGCUUCCUCGGUAUUGGUAUAAAAACAAGGAUUUAUUGGGAUUUGCUUUAUUCUCUGUUCAUAUUCCUCUUGAUAAUGAGUCCGUGGAUAUAUCAGAAGAUGAAGAUCUACCUUGUUGUAGUUUAAAAUGUGAAUUGACUUUCCGUGGUGAUCAAUUUGCAUUCUUGGAUGAUCUGUCCUUAGAUUCCUGGUGUGAAUGCUACAAAAAUGAUGGGGCAUCAGGUCAAGUGUGGGUGUUGUAUUAUCCAAAGGUUGCUAUUAAGGAAAAGUAUCACUCCAAUAAGUGGAGGCGCUUGAAGGCUUCAUUUCAUUGUUACUUGAAUGGUACACCGGUGAAGGUGGAGAAGUGUGGGAUGCAGCUCAUAUAUGUUGAUAAUGAUGUGUAUAGCCGUCCUACAAAAAUACAACACAAUGAUUCUCAAGAGAAUUUGGGUGACCAAAGAUCAACAGUAGAGGGUGUGAAUGUUAAUGAUCGGAGAAGCUGUGAUGAUGCACAAAAUACUACACAGCAGACCCACUUGCCAAUAAUGCAAUACACGAAUGGUAAUGAUCCUGGUGAGCAGGAUGAUGAACAGAACCAUAUGUCUAGGUGGUUGAAUCUUCUUUUCAACAUUAUUGAAUGCAUAUGCCGUGGAAGACAAUAAUGUCAAUUACUGAUGUCAAGCUUUCAAACUCUAUCUUUGUUGUGCAGGAGCUUGAUAUUUCUGAGUAUGUGGGAGCCUACCUACCUUACUACAGAAUGAGUGGGAGGUGAUCGUGUCUAGGCCUUAUAUCCUUCAAUACACAUUUUUAUUUGCAAUAUGUGAGGCCUGAUUGAUGAUGUGGAGCAGGGUUCAUCCAUCUACAUAUUGGAUUCCGUCUCAGAUCCCUGAAAUUAUCAAAAAUGGGGACCAAGGUGUUGGUGAUUAGAUUGGUGAUACUGAUGAAAUAGAUGCAGAAGCAUUUGACAAAGCAUAUGUCACUGGAGCUUGCAUUUCCCUUGUUGAAAAGUGAAUGUAUAUGUGGCCCUUGGUGUUGGCCUUAAGUAAUAGAGAUUGUUCAUGAAGAUAAACCAUGGUGGAGUUCUGGAAACGAGACUAACCCGUUUGAUUCUGGUAUGCUGCAUAUCAAGUGGAAGGUUGGAGCUUGUUCACAUGUGGAUGGCCCCAUAGGAUGUCAGUCAUUACUGUCAUGAGCAAUGCACAUUAAGGUUGUGGUGACAAUUUAUUUUACUAUGGUUGGUCAGUUGUUCAGCACCUUUCUGUCUGAUCCAAGCUUAAUUGCUUUUGCACAACUUCGUUGUGACCCUUCUUGGAAUGGCUUUCAAAACUCUUGUAACUUGUAUGGUUUCUGUUAACAGCUUUUGAAGCUCCUUAGUUGUUUCAUUGUUUGUUUCAGAGAAAAUUUAUUUCAAAUAUAAUAUGGAGUGUUAAGAGGACAAACCAAGCAUCUUGUAAUGAGAAUGGCUAAGACCCCACUAGGCCAUUACCUUAGCAAACCUGAAUUGGUUUAUAGCCUCAUUUCUUCAACUAUGUGUGCUCAAUAAGCAUAUUUCUCUUGGUCAGAUCAAUUAUAAUGUCAACCAUUACUGCAAAA